AUGUCUCUUCAGCACUUUGCCUACAGCAGCGCUCCUGACGGGGAUAUUGGUGUUCUCACCGCCACUGCCUACACACCGCUAUCAUUGCGGGGAUGUGCGGUGGAGGUGGAGGUGCGUGGAAACUGCGCACGCGUAAAUGUACGGUAUGAAUACAUGAAUUACACCGGCAAAGAGCAGCAGGUGAUUGCCGUCUAUCCACUUCCAUCCGACUGGGAUCUUCUCGCCUGCCGCGCCGAACACAACGGUGACAGUGUUUUCACAAACACCAUUCACACAAAGAGUAAUCCUAUCAGUCUUAAUAUGAAUACCACCGGGAAAGAUGAUCUCGCCGUUGCCGCACAGGCAUUGCCGUGGAUUGUCGCUACUGGUGCCAGUGUGCUGGCGGCCGCAACUUAUCACGUCCCACUUGACACAACUCGUUGUCGUGGAAAUGUGCGGGUGCAACUGCCGGCGGAGUUGUUUCCACGCGUACGAAAUCUUCCCUCCAGCACUCUCGCCUACGCCGCGUUGUUUGAUAUGAAAAUACCGUCGAAACUCCCAGAGGGAUGGACCAUUGAUGCGAAGUGUGAUAUGUUUGUCCCUCUCGCUGGUGCUGUGCAGGUGUACCCCGCAUCUGCAGAAGCCUCAGCACAGGUGGAGUAUAUCGGCGACAGUGGGUUUACAUUGCAUUACAACACACCACUCACUACACAGAUGCGGGAUGGAUUUGAGGUGAAUUGUGUGGUGCGUGAGAGUGCGGAACCCAUGCGUUUCUUUCUCGCGAGGGAUGAUGGAAAGGUGGUACAAGAUGAGGAUCGUUACGCCCUAACACUUGCCUUUACUCCACAACUUGAGGGACGAAGUGGCUGCAUUGCGAAUACAGAGUUGGUCUUAUUGGUGGAUUCACACAGUCGAGAAGCCUCUGCGGCGAUGGCGCAAAGUAUUGCUAUUGCUGUACGUGGUGUACCCAACACCGUGCGUGUGAAUGUGGUAUUGGUGGGUACAAAGAAUGAUGUGUCUCUCUGUCCACGUGGUGCCAUGUCCCUCACGGAACUUCCACUGGAUCAAAUCAUUGCAUUUGUGAAGGAAACCAUGCCGCAGCCAGCGGGAACGGGUGAAUCCAAACUCCAUCGAGCCCUUCGCGCAGUAAUGAAACAAGAUACCCUCUCCCUGUGUGGACCGGUUUCAUUCGGAUAUGUACGACAUGUUGUUGUGAUGUCAGAUGAGGGCGAUGCGCCGUUUGCAACGGAAGUCAUCACGGAGGCGGUGUCUCAUCGUCCUAAUAUGUGUUUCAGUGCUAUUGGAGUUUUACUUGCGGGAACGGCGGAAAUAUCCAUGUUGCGACUUCUUGCAGAGGAAGGUGGUGGUGUCUAUCGUGAUGCGGAGGAUGCGCAGGGGGUAACGGAAGUCCUUGUAGAGAUUCUCGCACAGGUGAUGGUGCCAACCUUAACCGAUAUUAUUAUUCGCUUUGAUGAACCGGAGGUGCGGGCCUCUGUUGGGAAAACACUACCGGCUGUGGCUCAAGGAACUCAACGUUUUGUUUAUGCAAUGGCUCCAUCCUCGCUAACAACACUUGGUAUCUCCGUGGUGGGUCGUAUUGGUCCUACGGUUAUUGAGUAUAUAGGAAAAGGAAAUCCACAAGAAGUGAUUUUCACUUCAUCUACAGAACCGCAGAACCCUCUUUCGAUUGGUCUCUUCCAUCUCGCAGCGGCCUCUGCCAGAGUACGAUACCUUAUUGAGAACUCUGAAAACUCAGGACUCUCCAAAUCGGAAGUACAAGAAGUGGCACGAAUCUCCAAAACAUUUAUGUUACCAUCACCAUUUACAGAAAUGAUACAAAUUCGACCCAGUGCCCCACCAACUUCAUCAGCUCCAGUUCUGGUUGCCGCUCACUAUAUCCCACGCAGCCGAACAUACAUGCGUAGAAUGAUGCGAUGCAAGCGGGAACAAUUGGCAAACGGAUCAGUGGACCGUCGCCCUCGAGCAAAGCCGUUACUUCCCAAACAAAAGGAAGAAAAAGGAAAAGAAGAAAAAGAAAGAGAAAGAGAAGAAGAGCAACUGCAAGCAAUUAAAAUUAUACCAAGUGAAGGUGGGGAAACGGUACAACCAUCCGCUGUGGACUAUGUUCAGCUUUUGCCCCCAUCAACAACUAGAGAGUUUCUACGCGCUAUUGUAGUGGAUGUAGUAGAGUCUGUGCUGUCUCCCCCAAGUUUGCAGCGACUCACGGCACUCCAAGCAGCUGAUGGCUCCUUCCCACUCAACGCAACACUUGGCACCGCCGUUGGUAUAUCACUGGAGCGACUGGAGCGAGAAGUCCCACUUGAUGGAUUUGGUGUCAGUGAAGAUAUGACGGCUGCCAGAGAUUAUUUAAAAGUACAUGAACGUGUAUGGGCCACUGUUGUUGCAGCUGCGGUGAUGGAACUGCGAUCUCUCACUAUUACGGAUUUGGCCUACAAGAAGGCCCUCGCGUACGCCGCAAAGCAUGACACUGAAGGGGAACUUCUUCGCCGUGCACGGAACCUCAUUUCAAAGUCACCGUCUGUUUCGAUAUAA